AUGAUACAAACAAUCUUCAAUCCGAAACAGCCGAAAGACAUCUCUCUACAACUUGUCCACAUGGCCAUGGAUCGACUGCAAACAUCAAAUCUAGAAUAUGAAGAGAGCCGUACAGCAGACCUGACGCACAGAUCAUGGCGGACCUCAUCAGAGAAACAACUGAGAGAACUAGGGCAUCAAGUCGGAAAAAAGGACGAAAAAAUCUCACAAGCUCCAACUGACGUUGCGCACAGCCGGUGCUGGAUCACAGCCGGAGGGGCGUUAGUGAUCAUCGCAAUAGCCGCGACCUUGAUUUGGAUACAAUGCCCAAUUCGGGCAUGCAAAAGACAUCCAGAAAAGCCACAGUCUGUUGAAAUUAAUUUGUGA